AUAGACUGGACGGGACGGUUCUUCAGGAACAACAAGGCGCCAACUCUUUCAACCACCUCGGUAGCCUGCUAGACAACAUAAAACUGAAAGAUUGAUUCUUUAGACCAUGUUAUUGUACAUGAGCUAAUCUCAGUGUUUUAAACAAAUUUCGGUUGACGUAUCUACUGGUGAACUUUAACCUAAUGUGCUUGUUCAAUUUGCAAACUUGUUAAAGAUUGAUACUGAGGUUAGCACUAGGCUAGUCGCUAAUGCUAGCUAGCUAGCUAACAUCCCUGACCAUGAGCUCACUGAACUACUCCCUUGCUAAUGAAGCGGAGGUCUGCUGUUUGGAGAAAGAAUCUUUCAGAAUGAAAAAGGAGGAAGAGGAGGCUGUUAUAGUGAAAGAAGAGAAAGAACCUUUUAGAGAGGAAGAGGAUGCUAUCUUAAUAAACGUGAAGGAGGAAGACGUUUUGAGAGUGAAAAAGGAGGAGACAGAAGAUCCGAUUGACACCAGAGAGAGACAUGACUAUGGUGGAUCCUCUGCGGAGCCUCAACAACAUCCUGAUGCUGACGAGGCAGAGAAGAGUCUCUCCAGAUCAGAACACCAGAUGGACAACGCUAGCCCUUCCACCCUGUGUCGUGCCUCUCUGGGUAGCACCUUACUGCUGGGUAUGAAGAGGUUGUCUGUGCUGCUGGUGGACUGCAGGAAAACAACAGGGCUGAGUGGAACUGUGAGAGGAGGAGAAGAGAUGAAAGGAUCAGAUUUGACUCAUCAAAGAGAAAAACCAGACUCAGAGGAACCAAAGCCAUGGACUUCCAAACCAGCAAGAAGACACCAGUGUUCCCACUGUGGAAAGGGUUGGAACAAGUUAAGUGAGCUUAAACGACAUGAGAGAAUACACACAGGGGAGAAGCCUUACCACUGUUCCCAGUGUGGAAAGGGUGUUAACGAUUUGGGGAAGCUGAAACGACACGAGAGAAUACACACAGGGGAGAAGCCUUACCACUGCUCCCAGUGUGGAAAGGGUUUUAAUGAUUUGGGGAAUCUGAAACGACAUGAGAGAAUACACAAAGGGCAGAAGCCUCACCACUGCUCCCAGUGUGGAAAGGGUUGUAAAGAUUUGGGGAAGCUGAAACGACACGUGAGCAUACACACAGGGGAGAAGCCUUACCACUGCUCCCAGUGUGGAAAGGGUUUUAAUGAUUUGGGGAAUCUGAAAAGACAUGAGAGAAUGCACACAGGGGAGAAGCCUUACCACUGCUCCCAGUGUGGAAAGUGUUUCACCUGGGCAUGGAAUCUGAAACAGCACGAGAGAAUACACACAGGGGAGAAGCCUUACCAAUGCUCCCAGUGUGGAAAGUUUUUCGUCUCGGCAAGGUAUCUGAAACAGCACGAGAGAAUACACACAGGGGAGAAGCCUUACCACUGCUCCCAGUGUGGCAAGUGUUUCAACGGGGCAGGGGAUCUUAAAAAACACGAAAGAAUACAUACAGGAGAGAAGCCUUACCACUGCUCCCACUGUGGCAAGUGUUUUAACCAGUUAGGGGCUGUGAAACAGCACGAGAGAAUACACACAGGGGAGAAGCCUGCUCCCAGUGUGGCAAGUGUUUUAACCAUGAAAGAGGAAGAUGGGAAAGAGGUUGUCAAAGUGGAAGUGGAGAAGGUAGAAGCUUUCAGAAUCAAAAACGAGGAAGAUGCCAUAACAUUGAAAGAAGAGAAUGUAGUGAAAGAAGAGGAAGAACCUUUUAGAGUAAAGGAGGAAGAGGAGGCUAUCUCAAUAAAAAAGGAGGAAGACGUUUUGGGAGUGAAAGCGGAGGAGGCUGAAGAUCAGACUACCACCAGUGAGAAAACAACGGGGCUGAGUGUAACUGUGAGAGGUGGAGAAGAGAUGAAAGGAUCAGAUUUAACUCAUCAAAGAGAAAGACCAGACUCAGAGGAACCAGAGCCAGGGACGUCCAAACCAGCAAGACGACACCAGUGCUCCCAGUGUGGAAAGGGUUUUAACGAUUUAGGGAACCUGAUAAAGCACGAGAGAAUACACACAGGAGAGAAGCCUUACCACUGCUCCCAGUGUGGAAAGAGUUUUAACGUUUUAGGGAACCUGAUAAAGCACGAGAGAAUACACACAGGGGAGAAGCCUUACCACUGCUCCCAGUGUGGGAAGAGUUUUAACAAUUUAGGGAACCUGAAACGACAUGAGAGAAUACACACAGGGGAGAAGCCUUACCACUGCUCCCAGUGUGGAAAGAGUUUCAACCAGUCAGGGGAUCUGAAGAAACACGAGAGAAUACACACAGGGGAGAAGCCUUACCACUGCUCCCAAUGUGGGAAGCGUUUCAACAGGUCAGGGGAUCUGAAAAAACAUGAGAGGAUACACACAGGGGAGAAGCCUUACCACUGCUCCCAGUGUGGAAAGUGUUUCUACCAGUCAGAGGAGCUGAAACAGCAUGAGAGAUUUCACACAGGGGAGAAGCCUUACCACUGCUCCCAGUGUGGAAAGAUGUUUAACCAGAAAGGACACCUGAAAGCUCAUGAGAGAAUACACACAGGGGAGAAGCCUUAUCACUGCUCCCAGUGUGUCAAGUGUUUUAACCAGUUAGGGAGCCUGAAACAACAUGAGAGGAUACACACAGGGGAGAAGCCUUACCACUGCUCCCAGUGUGGAAGGAGUUUUAACCGGAAAAACAGACUGAACCAACAUGAGAAAAUACACAGAGGGGAGAUGCAUUACCACUCCUCCCAGGGUGCAAAGCUUUUGCCAGGUUGUAACCACUUAUGUGAGCUGAAACAACAUGAGAGAAUACACACCGGGGAGAAGCCUUACCACUGCUCCCAGUGUGGAAAGAGUUUUAACCAGAAAGGAAACCUGAAAACUCAUGAGAGAAUACACACAAGGGAAGGGAAGCCUUACCGCUGCAUGCAGUGUGGAAAGAGUUUUAACGAUUUGGGGAAGCUGGAACGGCACGAGAGAAUACACAGAGGGGAGAAGCCUUACCACUGCUCCCAGUGUGGAAAGCGUUUUAACGAUUUGGGGAAGCUGGAACGGCACGAGAGAAUACACAGAGGGGAGAAGCCUUACCACUGCUCCCAGUGUGGAAAGGGUUGUAACAAUUUGGGGACGCUGAAACGACACGAGAGAAUACACACAGGGGAGAAGCCUUACCACUGCUCCCACUGUGGAAAGCGUUUUAACGAUUUGUGGAAGGUGAAACGACAUGAGAGAAUACACACAGGGGAGAAGCCUUACCACUGCUCCCACUGUGGAAAGUGUUUCAACCAGUCAGGGGAGCUGAAACGACAUGAGAGAAUACACACAGGGGAGAAGCCUAUGCACACAGGGGAGAAGCCUUACCACUGCUCCCACUGUGGAAAGUGUUUCGUCCAGUCAGGGGAGCUGAAACGACAUGAGAGAAUACACACAGGGGAGAAGCCUUACCACUGCUCGCAAUGUGAAAAGAUGUAUAGGCAGAAAGGACACCUAAAAGCUCAUGAGAAAAUUCAUACUGGGGAGAAGCCUUACCAAUGCUCCCAGUGUGGAAAGUGUUUCACCUGGGCAGGGUAUCUGAAAAAACACGAAAGAAUACACACAGGGGAAAAGCCUUACCCCUGCUCCCAGUGUGGCAAGUGUUUCAAUGAGACAGGGGAUCUGAAAAAACACGAAAGAAUACACACAGGGGAGAAGCCUUACCCCUGCUCCCAUUGUGGCAAGUGUUUUAACCAGUUAGGGGCCCUGAAACAGCACAAGAGAAUACACACAGGGGAGAAGCUUUACCACUGCUCCCAGUGUGGCAAGUGUUUUAACCAGUUAGGGACCCUGAAACAGCACAAGAUCAUACACACAGGGGAGAUGCAUUACCACUCCUCCCAGGGCGCAAAGCAUUUGCCCAUUUAGGAAGCCUGAAAGAACAUGAGACACAGAGGAGAAGGCUUUACAGAAGAUUAGAUUUUGGGAAAACAUAUUACUCAUAACAGUCACGUAAACAUCAUUAGAGAAUCUACACAGGAGAGAGAAAUUACUUCUCUUAGCAUGUAUAUUGAUAUUUCACAUCUCAUUGACUCACAACUCAUCAGAGAACAUACACAGUGCUCCCAUUGUCUUAUAUUGUUGACUGAUAAUGUGUUGACCUGUUUUUACCAGAUGAAAUUGCUUCUUCCAAUUAUUGAUAAACAUGUACAUGUUAAGAAACUGACUGUUAAAUAUGUAAAGGCUCCAUGGAUUGAUGAGGAAUUUAAA